AGAGGGAUAGGAAAUGAAAAGAAAAGAGACGUUGGCAUGUCAUGUGACAAUUGGCGGUUACCCACAAGAGUCAUGACUCCACCUUCUCUCUUCAAACUCAAAAAUCAAAUUUUAUGAAAGAGAGAAGUUGAGAAGAAUAUAAUCAAUCCUCUUCUACCACGAGUGAGUGCUUCACUGUUUGCAACUUUGCCUACCAAACCAUGCCCAACUUCACCAUUUUCUGAAUCAAUCCUCAAUAAAUUUCAAAACCCACCUCCCACAUCCUCUGAAAACUUCAAAUGCACCAAGCUUUGCAGUCCAAAUCCAUGGCAGAACAAAGCGCCUGAGUUAAAUGCUGGCUGAUUUACCUUGCUUUCCUUGUGCAGCAGCAGCUCAAGCGUUUUCAGAAGUUCAAAAGAUGGAGUCUUUAACGAGAAAAAGGGAGAAUUUGCAGAAGAAAAGAACUGGAUCCGUCAAGUCUUCAGCUGACAAUGGCGGUGGAGGAAGCGAGUCGCUCACCGAUUCGAGCGGCGGUAACUCGAGAGAGACUAGCAGUACGAGCCGAUCGAGCUCCGAGACUUCCGGUGAGGAACUGAAGAGAAAAGGGCCGUCUUCGCCGCCGCUGCUGGGCUGGCCGAUCAGGAAAGCUGAGCUGUGUAAAAACUCGGCUGCUGAUUUGGAGGAAGCUGAACGAAAAUCCCCUGUUGAUGAAUGUAAAUACAAGGAUUUGGCUUCCAAAGUUGCAGAAAUGGAUAUGAUGAGAGAGAGAUUUUCAAAGUUGUUGCUUGGAGAAGACAUGUCAGGUUGUGGCAAAGGCGUUUGCACAGCGAUGGCAAUUUCGAAUGCCAUUACCAAUCUCUGUGCUACCAUUUUUGGGCAACUAUGGAGACUGGAACCCUUGCCUGCUGAAAGGAAAUCAAUGUGGAAAAGAGAGAUGGAGUGGCUCAUUUGCGUUAGCGAUCACAUAGUCGAAUUGAUACCCUCUUGGCAAACAUUUCCUGAUGGGAAAAAGCUUGAGGUCAUGACUUGCAGGCCCCGGUCAGAUCUGUUUAUGAAUCUUCCAGCGCUGCGUAAGCUAGACAAUAUGCUUCUUGAAAUAUUAGAUAGCUUCACCAAUACGGAGUUCUGGUAUGUUGAUCAAGGAGUUAUAGCCCCGGAAGCAGAUGGCUCAGCCUCUUUUCGCAAAACAGUCCAGCGGCAAGAGGAGAAGUGGUGGCUACCUGUACCUCGCGUGGCAGCUGAUGGUCUAAGUGAAAAUUCAAGAAAGCAGUUGCAUCACACGCGGGAAUGCACAAAUCAAAUACUAAAAGCUGCAAUGGCUAUCAACAGCAUUACUCUUGCAGAAAUGGAAGUUCCAGAGUCAUACAUGGAAACUCUUCCCAAGAAUGGAAAGGCCUGUCUUGGGGACAUAAUUUACCGAUAUAUUACAUCAGACAAAUUCUCCCCAGAGAUUUUGCUUGACUGCCUUGACCUGUCCAGCGAACAUGUUGCUCUAGAGAUUGCAAACCGUGUUGAAGCAUCAAUAUUUGUCUGGCGUAGAAGAACUCACUCAAAGCCCCCACCUUAUCCAAACCGCUCCUCCGCAAAGUCAUCUUGGGAGAUGGUCAAGGACCUAAUGAUCGAUGUGGAAAAGCGAGAAUUACUGGCAGAAAGAGCUGAAAGCCUCCUGCUUUCCUUGAAGCAGCGGUUUCCGUGUCUUACUCAAACCAUCUUGGACACGAGCAAGAUUCAGUGCAAUAAGGAUGUUGGAAAGUCCAUUCUUGAAAGCUAUUCAAGGGUUUUGGAGAGCCUGGCAUUUAACAUUGUGGCUCGUAUUGAUGAUUUACUAUAUGUGGACGACUUGGCAAAACAGACAGAUAAACUGUCAUCAGUUACCGCGGUCAGUGUAAUUUCUCGCAAGAAGGUCCCGGUUUCAUAUCCAGUGCCUCCCUCAAGCACUCCUCGCAAAAGAACUUCUGCCAUAGGCAACUUAUCACCUGCACCUUUAAUUAGCCCUGCAAGGGGAGAGAGGACUCCCUUUCUCCACACCAAUACCAACAAGGACAAGCCUCCCCGCCACGGCUUUGGAGUGAGGAGAGUCUUGACAAAUUACCUUGGUGGUGAAACAAAAGCAAGAAUCUGCAGCGACACAAUGGAAGGGUCGGUUUCGAUACCAAACUUACACGGCACAGAGACUUCGGAUCAUCUUAUGGACUCCUCGUCCCACCAAAAUGGGAGAAAAUCAUACUAAGCAGAUCGCUGAGGUUUGGCGUAUUAAAUCAUGGUCUUCUCUUGAAGUGGUUGAGGCAAGAAGUGGAAAGAAAAGAUAGAAUAGACAGAAAAUCUCUUGCCGGAACCAAGUAUUGAUCAUGCCUUAUGAGAGUUGGGGGAGUUUAAUGUAUUUGUUAAAGUUCCUGGUUAUUUAGAUGUUGGUUUGGAUUUGAAAUGUGGCUAAAAGGAUAAAAAAUAGAGACACAUUAGAUUGGUUAUUUAAACUUCUGCAGAUAGAAUAUAGACAUGAGAUUGCUUGUUCAAAUUUUCAAAUUAAUGACCUCUUUUUACCCUC